CACGGCGGUGGCUUUCAGGUCCAAAGGGAGGUCUUCGGCAUAUGGUCUGUGUAAAUGUGAAAGGGAAAGUAGUCGUACGUCUUCCUUAUAUAUGCUGUAUAGAUGUAAGAAAAGCUGUGUGGGCGGUUCUAAGAGAGCUCGGUAGAUAUAAAAAUCACCAAAUAUUUUCUCUAAAUACAUUGUUGUUUAGUCUUCUCUUCAUUUAUUUGAAAAUUAAUCAAGACGAAAUGGGUAGUUCAAACUCUACCCCUGACCGUCCUCCUACCCCUCCUAGAGCUGUGCCUGCAGGCCGUGACAUUAGAAUUGUGAUGAUUGGAAAAACUGGAGCGGGUAAAAGUGCUACUGGAAACACCAUUCUGGGAAACAAACUUUUUACAUCUCUUCCAAUAGGUAGCUCAGUGACUGAGAGUUGUGUUAAAGAAAGAGUUCAGGAUAACAGAUGGAUAUAUGUGGUGGACACACCAGGACUGUUAGACACUGGGAAGACUCCAGAGUAUAUCGAAAAAGAGAUAGUGAGGUGUCUUCAAGAGUCAGCCCCUGGUCCUCAUGCUUUCUUGCUGGUGGUGGAGGCAACGACAUGGAAAGAGGAGGAUCAGAAUACUGUGGACGAUCUGGAGAGGCUCUUUGGACCAGAGGUCUUCAAGUUCAUGAUUGUGCUCUUUACUCACGGUGAUAAACUUGGGGGUCAAACAAUUGAAACCUUCGUACGUGAUGGUAAUCUGCAAGUUCGAAAAAUUCUAGAACGCUGUUCUGGAAGAUUCCAUGUUUUCGACAAUACAAAAAGUUCUAACAAUAGAAAUCAUAGAGAUCAAGUUGUUGACCUGGUCACUAUGAUUGAUAAAAUGGUGGCAGUAGCUGGAGGAGGGUACUUCCAUAGAACAAUUUGAAUAGAAUGUGCUUGGAACCUCCAACCCUGAAGGGUACACUUCCAGCUUUUACUUCCUGCUAAGGUCCACACUCGCAAUGGCUGCCAGUCCAACCAUUAUGCCAAAAUUGACUUCAAUUUAGUCAUUCUACUUCUAUGGGUAUUUCACACAAACAAGAUACACAAAUUCUCUGCUGAUGCACAUGUUCACUGACUGAGCAAUUAGGUUGAAAUAAUAUUCAAAGUGUGUUAUGAAUAAACAUAUAGAAUUAGAGCAUAACUACAAAAUGUAUAAGAAAAAGUUGUUUAGCAUAAUACAUGUUGAUCUAUUGUAAGAAAUCUUACUUAUAAUAGAAUUGUAAUACAAUUUUUGAAAUUGAUAGUGAACAUUGUAAAUUCUGAUGAAAAACAAUAAAGCUUGACAAUCACUAUUA